CCAAGUUUCAUGAUCAUUCAGCAAAAAGGGCAUGGGAUGCGUUGUCUGUUUUAUAAAAACAUAGAAAAAUUCCAUUCGAUAUAGCUAGAGCUUGACUGAUGGCAAAUGGCGUGUCUUGGAUUGCGGUGACCUUGAUAUCCAUGGGAACAUUUCUCGCGCUACAAACCGUGGAAGCCAACCCAAGUUUGGACGACAAAGUGCCCGAUUUUGCGCUCAAAUAUGCACCUUUGAUAUGGUUGCAUUCCGAAGACCCGUUCAGGCCGAGCGAUGUUCUCCAGCACAUACGGCAUACGACUCCAGCUCUGGACUUCGAGCCACUUUUCGGCCUACCGGAACUAGGACUGGAUAAUCUUGAGAUUCUUAACCAAUUCGGUCAUGAGGUGUCGCUCACUUCAGCUGACGAUGUCACGCUUAUGCCGGAGUGGAUCAUGGGCGAAGUGCCUGAUGCCGACGGGAAGUUACACCGGUCAACUGCUUGCUGCGUAAUUCUGGUUGAGAAAGGCCCUCGGGACGUCGACGUGUUUUAUUUCUACUUUUAUUCAUACGACCGCGGCAGCAACAUCACGCAGGUUCUCGAGCCUAUCGAUUCGCUCUUCGACUUGACCGACGAGGAGAAGAAGAUGCAUUUCGGGGACCAUGUUGGCGAUUGGGAGAACAAUAUGAUCCGCUUUAGGGAUGGCAUGCCUGUGGGCAUCUACUACAGUCAGCAUACCAGCGGAAAGGUCUACGACUGGGAGAGCAAGGAGGUCGAGAAGGUCGACAAUAGGCCUGUAGUCUAUAGCGCUUUGGGUUCGCAUGCUAAUUACGCAAGAACGGGAAAACACGUGCAUGAUAGCGUACUAAUAGAUUACUGCGACGCUGGUCCGCGCUGGGAUCCUGUGCAGUCUGCCUACUUUUUCCACCUUGACCCCGACAGCUUCAAGCUGACCAGACGAUUUCUACCAAGCGAAACAGACACAGAUUCGAAUUUCACGUCAUUCUUACACUAUAAUGGACGGUGGGGCGACAAGCAAUACCCAGACAGUGACCCUCGACAAAUGACAGUUCCCUAUUUCAAGAUAAAGCGAUUCCAGACUGGGCCUACAGGUCCACUUUCUAAGCAGCUCGUCCGGAAAGGACUCUCUCCCGACCAUCCUCACAUAGAGAGUUGGAUGGAAUGGGCAGUGCGUAUCUACAUGUCCUGGUACCCGUGCUGUCUGAGAGGCUGGAGAGUCUGGGUGUCCGGAGCUCUUUUGCUCGGAUUCUUGUUAACCGUGACAUUUGGGGUCGUGUGCGCGGUGAGAAGGCAUAAAGGACAAGGGUAUAAGAAAUUGGAGAGCGACGUUGCGUUACAAGACAUGUUGAGACGUGGGUCUUUUGACUCCAUUGAAACGGCUUGAGAGUUCUGGAGGGUAUGUUGGCCAAGGUGGAACAAGAUAGGCAGCAUGAUAUACCAAUCAUUAGACUGUAGAUAUUAAAUUGCAUCGGAAAUUGUGCAGUAG